AUGUAUAUCAAAUAUAAUAGAAUUCCCAGAAAAUAUGUGCUCCCGGACAUACCAAUCAGCUUUCUAGUUUUCAUAUCAGUAACUGGUGGUUAUCCGUACCCAAAAAUAGUAUACCAGUCCGUUCCCUCUGAAACAGAAGGCAAUUUGGAUUAUUCGCAAUUUAUUCCAAGUGAGGAGGCCACCCAGGCCCACCAUGAUGUCCAGCUGGAUCAUUCGGAGGGUGAAGCAAAAGGUUACGCACACUACAAUCUGCUUGAGCAUCAACCUCAACAUCAUGUGGAACAUCAUCAAAUUCCUGUAGAUUAUUACUCGCCACCUAAAUAUUCUUUCAAAUACGGAGUAAACGACUUUCAUACCGGUGACAUCAAAAGUCAACAAGAGACCAGGGAUGGUGACGUUGUCAAAGGAGAAUAUUCUGUAGUUGAACCUGAUGGAUCUAUCCGAACAGUAGAAUACUCAGCUGACAAGCAUACAGGAUUCACUGCUGUGGUUCGUAGAACAGCUCCGGUAGAACAAGAGGAUCAAACCUAUAAACAUAUUGAGCAUCACCACGGGCUAUCGAUCGAUAGUGAUCACUACACGCCUCAAUAUGAACAGAAAAAGUGA